UCAGUGCCCCAUAUUUGCAUCUCAAGCGCGCCCCAUAUUUGCAUCUCAAGCGCGCGCAUGGUCCAAGAGGAAGAAUGUUUCACGAGCUUCUUCUUUCACUAUUAGGCUACACUGGCGACUUGAUUAUCGAUCAGAGAGAGCAGCUUUCAUCUAACACUUCAAUUUCCGAUGAAUGCACUUUCAAGCUCGCUCCUGACAUCUCUUUUGUCGAACCCAGUAAUAGAGAACUUAUUGAGAGGAUCAUCACAUUAGGAUUUUAUUAUAGAGAGCUGGACCGUUUUGUAACCAAGUCUAGGAAUUUAAGUUGGAUAAGGUCUGCGAAUGCGUAUUCUUUGGGUGUCAUCCCUGAGACGUCGGAGGGGGAAGCGGAGAAGCCCAGUGUUUAUCGUAGGGCCCUGGCUAAUGGCCUUCUUGAGAUAUUGUCAAUUUUUAAGUCUGCUGUUCUGCAUCUUGAGCAGAACCUGUUGUCUGAAACCAUGCCUAUUUUGGCAACCGUUACUCAAGGCCUUAAUAAGUUUUUUGUUCUUUUGCCACCUUUAUAUGAGCUCAUUCUAGAAAUUGAGCGUGAUAAUAUCUGUGGCGGUCAACUUCUUAAUCUUUUACACAAGAGGUGUCAUUGUGGAGUGCCUGAAUUACAGGCUUGCAUUAAAAGGCUUCUUUGGCAUGGGCAUCAGGUUAUGUACAAGCAGCUAGCAUCAUGGAUGGUUUAUGGGAUCCUUCAAGAUCAGCAUGGAGAGUUUUUCAUUAGGAGGCAAGAAGAUAGAGAUAGAGAACAUGGCUCAUAUCAUCCUGACAUUGCAGGAAAGUUGGCCCACUUGUCAACUGAUGAUACAACUCUAACAGAUUGGCACUUGGGGUUUCAUAUUUCUUUGGAUAUGCUUCCAGAACAUAUACCAAUGCGUGUCGCAGAAUCAAUUCUUUUCGCUGGGAAAGCUGUUAGGGUUCUAAGGAACCCAACUCCUGCCUUUCAGUCUGGUGCUGCUGUGUAUCACCAACUUCCUAAAAGCUUUCAGAAAGUACAAGGAUUAGCAGAGCGUUUUCCAUUCCUGAAGGAGGCUGUAAAUAGUCAAGGACUGGGAGAAGAUUUGCUUCCACAGUCUGAGGCAGAUAAGAUUGAAGCUAUGCUUCUAGACCUAAAGGAAUCGUCUGAAUUUCAUAAAAGAUCAUUUGAAUGUGCUGUUGACUCUAUUCAUGCUAUGGCAGCCAGUCAUCUUUGGCAGCUUGUUGUUGUACGAGCUGACUUGAAUGGCCACUUGAAUGCCCUUAAAGACUAUUUUCUUUUGGCAAAAGGAGAUUUCUUUCAGUGUUUCCUUGAGGAAAGUCGCCAAUUGAUGCGAUUGCCACCACGGCAAUCAACUGCUGAAGCAGAUCUCAUGGUCCCUUUUCAGUUGGCUGCAUUAAAAACUAUUGGUGAAGAAGACAAAUACUUCUCUAAAGUAUCCUUGCGGAUGCCAUCUUUUGGAAUUGCGGUCAAAUCUUCCCAAUCAGAUUUGUCAAAGGCAACAACUUAUGCAGAUGUUGGUUCUGGUUCUUCACUUUCAAAUGCUUCUUCAGAAUUGUUACUGGAUGGAUGGGAUGGUAUUGCUCUUGAGUAUUCUGUUGAUUGGCCAUUGCAUUUGUUCUUCACUCAAGAAAUCCUCUCUAUGUACCGUAGAGUCUUCCAAUACUUAUUGCGGCUCAAACGGACACAAUUGGAAUUGGAGAAAUCAUGGGCAUCUGUAAUGCACCAUGGUCACAGUGAUUUUGCCAAGCACCGUAAUGGGCGAGAUAAGGGCUCAAUAACACAGCAGACACGUCGACGGCUUCAACCAAUGUGGCAUGUUAGAGAGCAUAUGGCAUUCUUGAUCAGGAAUCUCCAAUUUUAUAUCCAGGUGGAUGUGAUAGAGUCUCAGUGGAAUAUAUUACAAAGUCAUAUUCAAGAAUCUCAUGACUUUACGGAACUUGAGGGCUUCCAUCAAGAGUAUCUGGCAGCCUUAAUUUCACAGUCUUUCCUAGACAUUGGUUCGGUGUCAAGGAUACUGGAUAGCAUCAUGAAACUUUGCCUGCAAUUCUGCUGGAAAAUUGAAAACCUAGAUGGCUAUUCAAAUACAUCGGAACUGGAACAUAUAGCUGAGGAAUUCAACAAGAAAUCAAAUUCGUUAUACACAAUACUGCGCAGCAGCAGGCUAGCUGGGAGUCAGCGGGCUCCAUUUCUAAGACGUUUUCUCUUGCGGUUAAAUCUGAAUUCAUUUUUUGAGGCAACUGCAAGAGGGGUGCUAAAUGUAGUAAGACCACGCCCAGCACUUCCUGCUCUAAAUCAGGAGUAGGUCAUUCCACCAAGUUCAUAGUGGCUCUAGUUCCAGCUAAUAGUCCUGCCCCUGGAGGUUGAGUUUUCUGGCCUUUAUAAGCACUUUUCUCUAUCUAUCUGCGGAUUCACUAUGCUGCUAUGGUCGUUUGAAGGUCAGCUGCACAUGUUGCCUGUAAUUUCAACAAAGGGGUUCUCGGUCGGAUACCCAGCUAAUUUAUUUUAAUAGCGAAGGCUGGUCGGAUUGAUGGUGCUUUGAUAUGCCCCUGGGGCACAUAAUUUUCUUACUUUGUGUGUGUUUUAAAUGGUUGGUGGGGGAUGAUUUACUAUAUUGGCGCUGGCUCUCCUAUUCGUUGUGUUGGUUGAUGUGAGCAGUGAUCGCUUUGUGGUACUUGAUUGUUCUGUAAUCUGUAAUAUGUGACGAAUUGACGACAUUUAAUUUACAUAGGCCGUCGAUGAGCUGGCAAAGCCCCCUUAAUCCUGGGUA